AUUCGUCGUCCCACAUCUAAGCGCGACGUGACGUUCGUGACUGCGCCAUUUUUUACUCGGGCGAUAGCAGCCUUCAAGCUGAAGUUUUAAGCUCGCCAACUUGCGUUGUUGGCAUCUCAGACGUGCCAAGCAUAACCCCCGUCAAAGCAAAACGUUGGCGUGCGGUGACGGCGCACUCGGCGAGCUACAAACGUUUCUGAAGGUCGCAGCCAUGCCUCGAAGACGCCACCGUUCGGAAAGCUGUGACUCGCACAGCUCAUCUGACAGCAGCUACCGGCACAAGCGCAAGCGGCUUGCCAAGACCAGCCACCGGCGUGACGCAGAGGAGGGCCGGCCGUCGUCGUCGUCGCACCACCGGCCGCGGCGGCGCAGCAGCCGGCGCAGCCGCCACCACCGCGGCAACGGCGGACACCACUCCUCGCGGUCGCCCGUGCGGAGGCCCCCGAGCGUGGAGGACGACGAAGAGGGCCAUCUGGUGUACCGGCCGGGAGACGUGCUCCAGGACAGAUACAAGAUUGUCACCACUCUGGGUGAGGGGACCUUUGGCAAGGUGGUCAAGGUGAUUGACAUGCACACGGAACAGACAAUGGCAUUAAAAAUAAUCAAGAAUGUGGAGAAGUACCGUGAGGCAGCACGCCUGGAGAUCAAUGUCCUUGAGAGGCUUGCCAAGUGGGACCCAUCAGGCAAACACUUGUGCGUCAAGAUGCUGGACUGGUUCGACUACCAUGGUCACAUGUGCCUGGCCUUUGAGAUGCUUGGCCUCAGUGUCUUCGACUUCCUGAAGGACAACCACUACCAGCCGUACCCGAUCGAGCAGGUGCGGCACAUUGGCUACCAGCUCUGCUACUCGGUCAUGUUCUUGCACGAGAAGCAGCUGACGCACACUGACCUCAAGCCAGAGAACAUUCUGUUUGUCAACUCGGACUAUGACAUCAGCUACAACGCCAAGAAGAAGCGCGACGUGCGACGUGUCAAAGACACGAGCAUUCGAUUGAUUGACUUUGGGUCGGCAACCUUUGACGAAGAGCACCACUCGACUAUCGUGUCCACGCGGCACUACCGAGCACCCGAGGUGAUCCUGGAACUGGGCUGGAGCCAGAGCUGCGAUGUGUGGAGCGUAGGCUGCAUCCUGUUUGAGCUGUACUUGGGUGUCACGCUGUUCCAGACGCACGACAACCGCGAACACCUGGCCAUGAUGGAGCGCAUCCUGGGCCCACUUCCCUAUCGCAUGUGUCGCAAGACCAACCAGCAUCAUGGUUGCAGGACCAAGUACUUCUACCAUGGUCGCCUGGAUUGGGAUGAAAAGAGUUCUGCAGGACGCUAUGUCAAGGAGAACUGCAAGCCGCUUCAGCGGUACCUGUCCAUGGAUGAUGAAGCGAGCCGGCAGCUGUUCCACCUCAUCUCUCAGAUGCUGGCAUAUGAACCAUCACAACGCAUCACGCUGCGAGAAGCCCUCGAUCACCCCUUCUUUGAGCCACUGCCCGAGGAGGCCAAGUUGCACUUGCAUGCCCGCGACCACAGCCUCAGCAGGUGACCAUGAAGCUGGGGGCCCCAGUCAGCAGCGGCCUCUGAUCCACACUGUAGAUACACCCCUUCCUGGGAGGACACCGAAAAAUGCUGGUGGUUAGCGGGACGCGCUCACCACAGGCCGAUUUCUUUUGUUUUAUCGAAAUAAAUGCUUUUUGUCUCGGUUA